AAGAAGAUAAAAUUACUCUCAUGACUCAAAAGCAUUAUGGAUGUUGAGAAAGUGUUUCAUAUGAGUGGUGGCAAUGGAGACAAUAGCUAUGCCAGAAAUUCCUCCUUUCAGAAGAAUGUGUCUGAUAUGGCAAACAACAUAAUCAUACAAGCAGUGCAACAACUUUAUCUUGAAUUAUCACCAAUCAGUAUGGGGAUAGCUGAUUUAGGUUGUUCUUCUGGACCAAAUGCACUGUCCAACAUAAAACACAUUGCUGAAGCCGUUGAAGCAAUAAGCUGUAAAAUAAAGAACUGUACUGUACCUGAGUUUAGGGUUUACCUGAAUGAUCUUCCCGGAAAUGACUUCAAUUCGGUGUUUAAGUCACUCCCAGAUUUCUACGGCGAGCUCAAGAAGAAAGAAAGAAAUGGCGAGUGUCCCUCCAUAUAUGUAGCAGGCUGUGCUGGUUCUUUUUAUGGAAGGCUUUUUCCCAACAAUUCUCUGCACUUUGUUUAUUCAUCUUAUAGCCUUCACUGGCUCUCCAAGGCUCCUCCAGGUCUUUAUGAUGAGGAAGGAAAGUCAAUAAAUAAAGGCAAUAUUUACAUAUCGGAAUCGAGCCCGUUACUUGUGUCGCAAGCAUAUUACACGCAGUUCAAAGAGGAUUUCUCGAUGUUCCUUCGAUUGCGAUCCGAAGAAGUAACCACCGGAGGGCGCAUGGUUUUGAUCUUGCUUGGAAGAAUAGGUCCAGACCAUGUUGAUAGAGGCAACUCUUUCUAUUGGGAACUUCUUUCCAGAUCUCUUGCUCUGUUGGUUUCUCAGGGAGAAAUUGAGCAGGAAAAAGUUGAUUCAUAUGAUAUGCAUUUCUAUGCACCAUCAAGAGAAGAAAUAGAGAGUGAAAUUAGAAGGGAUGGUUCUUUUGAAUUGGUUGAAUCUCAUUUGUAUGAAACUAAGAAAAAAUAUGAUAAAACUAAUGGGAAUUAUGGAUCAGAAGUUGCAAUGACUGUUAGGGCUAUUCAAGAACCAAUGAUCUGCCACCACUUUGGAGAAGCUAUUUUAGACAAUUUGUUUGAUAUUUAUGCAAGGAUGGUGGACCAGGAAGUCACUAAACAAGACAUUAAUCCCAUUUCUUUUGCAAUUCUUCUUAGAAAGUUAUGAACGCAUGAUGCUUCUUAAAUUUGCAGGUUAAAUAAAUUUUACUGUUAACCAAUGAGCUGUAUAUAAUUCGAAUAGUACGUAUAAGCAUCAAACUGUUAAGUCGUGGGUUCAAAUUCUUCCAUAAACGCUUCCUCUCCUCAAUUAUUAAAAAAAUAAAUUUUACGGUUAUCCAAUU